AAGGAAUAGGAAGUUCUCUUCAUUGAAUAAAUGAAUAAUAUAACAUGAUGACUCGUAUACAAUAUUCCACAUGGUUUCCUUGUUCGAUAGGAAGUGACUCCAAUUUAUAUGCAAUUGUAGAAAUAGAAAGAUGCAAGUUGUCUGUGAUAUUUAAGGAACAUGUGAAAAAGCAACUCAACGACAUAGUAAGACUAUCAUCUAACAAGAGAAAACUGUCAAGACCUCUAGACAAAACAAAUAUAAAGAGUAUUCCGAGUAGCAAUCGAGGUUUGAAAGGCUAUUUUCACUCUUAUGAUUUGAACUGAAAACUUCUCUUAUAAAAGUUUGUAUAUAUAUAUAUACAAGGAGUGAAUGAUUCAUUGGGCCAGUCGUAAGCCUAGUGUGAGAUCAAAAUGAAUGAAUGGUGAGAGAA